AUGGGCCAAGAGGACGCCCCAGAGUUCAAGAAGCUUGGCAUGAUCGGCGUGGGGAGCAUGGGCGGCAUGAUGUCGUUGUUGUAUGCCGAGCAUGGAGUCGAAGUGCACUACUACGAUCCAAGUGAAGAGAACGUUAAACAACUACAAGAGCACGCAGAGCACAUCCAUGCUAGCGACCGAAUUGUGCACCAGAAAGACUAUAAAGAGCUAUGCGAAAGCAUAUCUUCCCCGGACUCACCCAAGCUCUUCGUCUUCAGCAUCCCUCACGGCUCUGUGGGGGACAAAACCGUUGAGAGUCUCCGUCCAUACCUGAAGUCUGGCGACAUCAUCCUCGACUGCUCCAAUGAAGACUGGCGAAACACAGAGCGACGACAGAAGACCCUCGAGCCGGAUGGUAUCCACUACAUCGGCUGCGGCGUCAGCGGCGGGUACCAAAGCGCCAGACACGGUCCCUCGAUGUCUCCCGGCGGCGAUGCCGAGACCUUGAAGAAGAUCAUUCCGUUCCUCAAGCGAGUGGCUGCCAAGGACAAGCAAGGCCGCCCUUGUACAACAUGCAUCGGCCCAGCGGGCAGUGGGCAUUACGUCAAGAUGGUCCACAACGGCAUCGAGCAAGGCAUGAUGUCGGCCAUCGCCGAAGUGUGGUUCAUCAUGAACAAAUGCUUGAACAUGCCCUAUGAAAAGAUUGCCGACACGUUCGAGUCGUGGAAUGCCAGCGGUCCGCUCCGCGACAACUUCCUGGUGAACAUCGGCGCGGACAUCAACCGGACCAAAGACGGGGAGGGGAAGUUCGUGCUCGCCAGCGUCUUGGACAAGGUCGUCCAGGACGUCGACAACUCCGAGGGCACGGGCGUGUGGACCUGCGAGGAGACGAUCCGUCUGCACGUCCCCUCGCCCACCAUCGUCAGCGCACACCUGUUCCGGCUCGCCUCGGCGGACGCGGCCAAGCGGGAGCGCGUCAACAAGGCGUUCAAGGGCGGCGUCGCACAGCCAGCGACCAUCAAGCUGGAGGUCCCGCACGAGAAGGCUCUCCCGUCCUUCCUCGAGGACCUCAAGUUCUCGCUGUACGCGGCGUUCCUGUGUGCCUUCGUCCAGGGCCUGAGCAUCAUCCGCGCCCAGGACCGCGAGCAGGGCUGGGACCUGGACUACCGGGCGAUCCUGCAGAUCUGGCGUGGCGGGUGCAUCAUCCAGAGCGACGCGAUCGCGGACCUGCUGGACGGGGCGUUGGCCGGCGCCGCGCCAUCCGACACGCCCGCGGAAUCCGUCAUCGACGAGCUCCUCGCGCAGGACGCCGUCGCGACCGAGCUGACGACGUGCCUCGCUUCGCUCAAGAACGUGAUCCUCAAGGCCGUCGCCGCCGACGCCCCCGUCCCCGCCCUGUCCGCCACGCUCGAGUACGUCAAGUACGCGGGCGCGACCGAGCUGCCCACGCAGUUCAUGGAGGCCGAGCUGGACUACUUCGGCGCGCACAGCUUCGACCUGAAGUCCGAGGCGCCCGGGAAACCGCUCAAGGGAUCCCACCACUACGAGUGGAAGCCGCCCCGGGGCAUCUUUGGCGACAAGUUGGACGGGACGAAGUAA